AUGUCUACUACCUAUCCCAUCCUCCCCCGCCAACCCACCCUGGCCCAGCUCCCGGCCGAAUACCCCUCCGACGCCCAAGACCAAAUCUCGCACCUUCUCUCCUCCCCCACACUCAGCCGUCUCGUCAUCCUCGACGACGACCCAACCGGCACCCAAACCUGCCAUGACAUCGCCGUGCUGACAGUCUGGGACAUCCCCGCGCUUGCUUCAGAACUCCGCAACCCAGCGUCCGCGCGCGGGUUCUUCAUCCUCACCAACUCGCGCGCCCUCCCGCCCCCAGAAGUCGAAUCCCUGAUCCGCACGAUCUGCCAGAACGUCGCACAAGCCGCAAAGACCACAGGCGUCGCCGUUGACAUCGUGCUGCGCGGCGACAGCACCCUCCGCGGCCACUUCCCGCUGGAAGCGGACGUCGCGCAGUCUGUCUUCGGCGAGGUGGACGCGUGGAUUCUCGCGCCCUUCUUCUUCCAGGGCGGUCGGUUUACCAUCGCCGACGUGCAUUAUGUCGCGGAGGGGGAGAGGCUUGUUCCUGCGGGUGGGACGGCUUUCGCGCGCGACGCCACCUUCGGGUAUACCAGCUCGAACCUGAGAGAGUACAUUAUGGAGAAGGCGCCUGGGAGGUUUACUGCGGGACAGCUACAUUCGAUCACGAUUGAGGAUAUACGGGUUGGGGGGCCGCAGGUAGUUUGUGAGAAACUGUUGGCGUUGUCCAAGGAUGAUGGAGGUGGAGGGAUGGUGGUGAUUGUGAAUGCGGCCGCGGAGUCGGAUAUGCAUGUUUUUGUUGCGGGAUUGUUACUGGCCAAAGCAAAAGGCAAACGCUACAUCUAUCGCACAGGCGCAGCCUUCGUUUCAAGCCGGCUGGGCAUCCGAUCAAAACCACCCAUCACCGCACGAGACCUCGACCUCGACCUCGGCCUCGACCUCCCCCUUGCGCGCCAAACAGGCGGGCUGAUUCUCGCGGGCUCCUACGUGCCCAAGACAACCGCGCAGCUGAAGAUUCUCACCGAUCGCCGCGGCGGCGAAACUAACCAGCUCGCAGUUAUAGAAGUGAAAGUCGACGAGCUGAUGGCAUCCGCUGCGAGGGCUGAGCGCGUCGUCCGGGAUGUGGUCAGGGAGACACAGCGGCAUCUGCGCGCUGGUAAGGAUACAUUGGUGAUGACCAGUCGGGCAUUGGUUAAGGGGGAAGAUGAGUUGUCGUCGUUGGCGAUUGGUUCGAAGGUUGCGGAGGCCUUGGUAGGGGUUUUGCAGGGGAUUGAGGUGCGGCCGCGGUAUAUCAUUGCGAAGGGUGGAAUUACUUCCUCUGAUGCAGCUACAAAGGGUCUUCGGAUUCAACGUGCCCUCGUUGUUGGACAGGCAGCUGCUGGGGUGCCGUUAUGGAGGUGUGAUGAGCCAACCUCUCGACACCGGGGGGUCCCUUUUAUUGUCUUCCCUGGGAAUGUGGGAAGUGAAUCGACGUUGUGUGAGCUAGUUGAGGCUUGGAGCUAA